GUAACAAAACCAUCAUAAACUGCAACUUCACGAACACUCUGUAAAGUCUGAAUCUUGUAAACAUUACACAUAAUUUCUGCAUUAAACACCCAACAAUUUCAUAUUUUUGUUAGUGAGUUCUUUUUCUCUACUCAAUUCUCAUACUUGUAUUUCCAAAUUGAAUUUCGCCACACCAUUGACUUCUACUGGGUAUGUAUUUUUUUUUUUCUUUUAUCAAUAUAUGAGCUUUAUCCAUUGAUCGACUGAAAUCCGGAUAGCUGUUCUUUGCUUAUUUUAUUCAAAUUCUCUUAUGGGUACAUUUUUAAAUUUGUAGUAUUCCGUUGGCCUUUAAAUCCAAAUCUGCAUGUUGUUGUUAUGUUCACGAUUCAAUUGCUUUAGAUUUAUAUAUAAAUAUUCAAAUUCCCAUCUGGGAAUGCUUGAUUUCCUUUAAUAUCACAGCCUAUUAGCUGGAUUUGCUUUAUAAUGAACAUAUAUGGAAAUAGUCCCAAAUCUUUCAAUGCGUAUCCAAGAGGGGAAUUUGAUUUAGAAUCAGGAACCAUCAAAAGGACCCGAAAGUCGAAAAACUCCUCAUUUUACCCUUUCAAAAUGCUCAAAUCUUUGGCUAACCGGCUUCAUUACUAUUACAAGUUGCGCCCACUUCUUGUAUUUAUACUGUCCUUGUUUUUGGGGAUCACUAUUCUCAUUGUUCUGUCUCUUUAUGAAACCCGGUACCGAACCAUGAUCAGUUACUCAAAAUUGAAUGUGGAUUCAAAUGAUUAUCCUUUUGCAAAGCUUAAGAAUCUUAUAAUGGUUGCUGGGCAUUCAGUGUAUACCAGUAGUAGUUGUGGGAAAGUUGAUAAGGAGGAUUCUUGGUUUUUGGAGUCUUACCAGAGAAAUCCAGGUCAGGCUGCUACUUUUGUGACUCAUAUACAAGAGGGAGUUGAAAUUGCAGCAAAAGAUGAUGGGGCAUUGCUUUUGUUUAGUGGUGGUGAAACUCGAAAAGAUGCUGGUCCUCGCAGUGAAGCACAGAGUUAUUGGACUAUUGCUGAAUCAAAAGGAUGGUUUGGCAAUGAAGAAAAUGUGAGAUGGAGGGCGUUGACAGAAGAGCACGCAAGAGAUAGCUUUGAGAAUCUUCUUUUUAGUGUGUGCCGGUUCCGAGAGCUUACUGGCACAUAUCCUGAGAAUAUAACUAUUGUUAGUUAUGAUUUCAAGAAAGACCGAUUCUCACACCUGCAUCGCUCUGCAAUUGGCUUUCCGGAGCCAAGAUUCUUUUACUCUGGCACCCCGGCUUCAUCAACUUCCAAAGAAGCAGCUAUGAGAGGUGAGGCAUUGGUGAGGGCUCAAUUUCGAGAAGAUCCAUAUGGAUGUCGAGGAACACUCCGGCGUAAGAAACUUGGGCGUGAUCCCUUUCAUCGGACAAUCCCUUAUCCAAAUGGUUGCCCUGAAAUUGAAGGUUUAUUCAGAUAUUGUGGGGCAGCUCCUUAUCCAGGUUCCCUCCCUUGGACUUAGCAGUAUUAACCAUAUAUACGUUGUCUUAAUCCAUAUUAUAGGUAUAGGAUAAGCCAGCUAGAAAGCUCAUAUUGCCAAUGCUUGACUGCUUUAUAAUGUAUCUUCCCCAGUAACAUUAAAAAUAACCCUAUCUUUUUAACUUUCAGUUCAAUGCAGCUGUAUUUUUCACCGGAAAGAAAAUCUUUUUUUCUUGUCGGUGAAUUAUAGAUGGUCAUUUUGGUUAUCUUUGCUGGGAAUUUUGAUUUCAAAAUCAAGGAAGCCAUGCAAGAUGUAUUAUUUACAUUUAAUGGUGUAAGAAUUUUACCUAA